AUGUUUGUGCCACGCCUAAUACAACGAGCCGAUUUCUCCGCUGCCCAGGCGCAGGUUCUGGGCUCCGAAUUUGGCACCACUCCCGACACCAAGCCAGAACCGAGACUCGAUGCCAUUGGUAUUUGGUGGAUUGUAUGGGGUGCUAUCUGGACGACGGCGGUGGUGGCUGGCAUGGUUUCCUUUGGCUCAGACCUGGGUUACAGUAUCGGUCCUAUGGCCCCCGAAGUCGCCGAGUUCUGGAUCAUGAGCAUUUGGUUUCCUUUCGGAAUUGCCCUCUUCCAAGCCGGCAACAGUCAGUUCCUUCAUGUCGCAAGGGCACAGGCUCGGUAUGCUUGUCCUCCGAGCCAGAUGGAGUCUCGAUUCGAUGAAAAGCAUGCCCAGCAACCGCCACAGAAGCUUACCUUUAUCGCCCGCUUGCGCAAGAUGGACUAUUCAAAGAGGAUGUUUGCCUACAUUACCAUAGGCAUGAUCGUUCAACUCUUUGUUGUCAUCAUCAUCUACAUGGUUUCGCGCAAGUUCCACCCCAGCUUUGGCAUCCCCGGUACUGAGGUGUACGGCACCGCUUCGGAGAUUGCUAUGCAGCAGGGCCGUGGUUGGGAGUGGUGGCCUUCGCUGUUCUGGCAGUUCCUCUGGGCUUGGGUUAUUGCUCCCGUCAUUCUUUGGAAGUCUCGUGGUAUCCGCGACACCCACGGAUGGCAGCUUCAAACUAUGGCCUGCUGCAUUGCUGGCUUGCCUGCGGCUCCUAUGUGGCUCAUUGCUCUUUACGUUCCCAAGAUGUCUGUGGUGAACAAGGUUUUCGUCCCCCCUCAAUGGAUCGGUCUCUCCAUCAUAUUCAUGGAGAUCUUCACCAUCUUUGUCCCUUGCUGGCAGGUUCGUAAGCACAAUAACCUGCGCCAGGAGACGCUUGAGUCGAUUGCCACUUGGGAGACCAAGAAGAUGCGCGCCCGUAGCGACGACGGCAAUGGCGAGCGUAGGGGCAGCGACCAGAGCGGACCUGCUCUUAGCCCAACCUCAACCAAGGUCGGUGAACAUCAUUUCACUACCGCAGUCAGAGAUUCAUGGAAGAAGCUUUCGACCAUGGAGAUGGGCCACGGAACUCAACCAGACUUCAAGGACGCCACCGAUGACAGCGUUCUCACAAUGUCCGCUCUUGAGCACGUCCUGGAAAAGAACCCAGAACCCCUUCGUCAGUUCUCUGCCCGUCGCGAUUUCUCGGGCGAGAACAUUGCAUUCCUCACUGCCGUGGCUGAGUGGAAGGCCGCUCUGCCGCCUCCUUUUGUCCGCAACCGUCACAACGCCGAACCCGAUGUUGUCCGCCAGCAGUUCACCAAGGCGCUUCGCAUUUAUGCCGAGUUCAUCAGCACCAGAGACGCCGAGUUCCCCAUCAACAUUGCGUGGCACGAGCUGCGUAAGCUUGAGGGCAUCUUCGAGCGUGCCGCUAGGAACACGUACGGAGAUAUCAACCGCGGUGGAGCCACACCGUUCGCGGAAGUCAACUGGUCCGGAUCGAUCAAGCCCACAAACGACAGCGAGGUUAAUAUUGUCUCCAAGUCGGACUCGCUAGUGGUGUCCAUGACCCCCAUGAGCGAGUUCAAGUCUGCCGAGACCCUCGCUCUUGAUGACCCACCACCGACCUCCCACGCCACGCAUCCCCGUAACGCAGCCCUGUACUACUCGGGCGAUAUCCCACAAACCUUUGACGCUGCCGUCUUUGAUGCCGCUCAGUCUAGCAUCAAGUACCUCGUGCUCACAAACACGUGGCCCAAGUACGUCCGUGAGAGGCGAGACUCUGGGGAUUCUUUCGUUUCUCAGGAUGAGACCGUAAGGAGCAGGAAGAGUCUGCACAAGGCACUAGGCUUUCUAAAGCCACUCAUUCGGGCUUGA